CAGACUAGCGUGAUCAUGUGAUACCAUCGGGAGCUCUGUCGCGGAAUUCCGAAACACCAUGCACAUUGAAGAGUUACCAUAGCACGAAGGAAACAAGUGAGGCAGUCAGUGUCGAGCUCCCGAAACUGCGAAUCUGACUCACACGCCGAAAACUGGAAAGAACUCGUAGUCAGAUGGGGUGUGUUUGAACCAGCUGAAAAAUCAACACGAAUACGUAAACUUAACGGACGAAACGCAGGGCAUGAAGGGACUACAUGCAGUUUUUGGAGUUACUGCGGCAUUUGUAAAAUAGACAUACACUGUUUUGCACGGAAUUUUAAGCGUUUUUAAAACUCCAUUCAACAAAUGACUGUGUGUGAAACAGCGUUGUAGAGUCUAAAAAAGAAAAAGAAAACGUCACAGCAGCAGCAGCAGCAGCAGCAGCAUCGGAGAGGGAGAGGCUGCGUUAGGAGUCAAGAGCGACGCCCGAGUUAAUUUGUGUUUACUGAUUUUAGUUGGCUACCGCAUUGAAGUGCUUUCGGUGUUUAUUUCUCUUUGUCUUGAUUGUUUUGGGUCUUCUGUUUGAAUAUGGUGGGGGAAAUGGAAACGAAGGAAAAGCCGAAGCCCACCCCUGACUAUCUCAUGCAACUUAUGAACGACAAGAAGCUGAUGAGUAGUUUGCCCAACUUCUGCGGAAUUUUCAACCAUCUAGAGAGACUUCUAGAUGAAGAGAUCGGACGGGUACGGAAGGACAUGUACAACGACACGCUCAACGGCAGCACAGAGAGACGCUCAUCCGAGCUCCCUGAGGCAGUGGGACCCAUCGCCCAGCUGCAGGAGAAACUCUAUGUGCCUGUUAAGGAGUAUCCCGAUUUUAACUUUGUUGGGAGAAUCCUGGGUCCCAGAGGCUUAACGGCCAAGCAGCUGGAGGCUGAGACUGGCUGCAAGAUUAUGGUGCGUGGGAAGGGCUCCAUGAGGGACAAAAAGAAGGAGGAGCAGAACCGCGGUAAGCCCAACUGGGAGCACCUGAAUGAGGACUUGCACGUUCUCAUCACUGUGGAGGACUCUCAGAACCGGGCGGAAAUCAAGCUCAAGCGCGCCGUGGAGGAGGUCAAGAAGCUCCUAGUGCCAGCGGCUGAGGGCGAGGACAGUCUGAAGAAGAUGCAGCUGAUGGAGCUGGCCAUCUUAAAUGGCACUUACAGGGAUGCCAACGUCAAGUCGCCAGCCCUGGCCUUCUCUCUGGCAGCCUCAGCCCAGGCUCCCCGCAUCAUGACCGGCCCCUCCCCUGUGAUGCCCACGGCCACACUGCGGGCGCCGCAGCCUGCCCAGCCCACCCUCAUGCCCCUCAUCAGGCAGAUCCAGACCUCCGCUCUCAUGCCCGCGGGCACCCCGCACCCCGGCACCCUCAUGCAGCAGUCGCCCGAGUCAGGCAUCAUCUAUGCCCCCUACGAUUACCCCUACACACUGGCGCCUUCCAUUCUCGAGUACCCCAUUGACUCCACUGGAGUGCUAGGUAUGGCUUUCCCAACGAAGGGCUAGUAGCGCUCUCCGAUGAACUAGCGCCGAGCACGCCUCUGCCCAAGUGUUAAUGCGUGUUUUGUUUUACAGCUGCCAUGGAAACGAACGAACGAAUAAAUGAACAAAAAAACAAACAAGCGAAAACUAAACAAACAGACGUAUGAAAGCGAACACAGACGUAGCAUUAAGUCAGUCAGUCAGUCAGACCCUGACAGACAGACAGACAGACAGACAGACAGAUAAGAAGCUAAUAACUACUGAUGUUUACACUGGCCGUAACUAUGGAGAUUACUUUUAAUUCAUCUCUUUAUGUCUAAUGACUCAUGGAUUAAAAAAUAAUGACAAACAAGCAAACAAAAUGAUAUAUUUUAAACUAUUUUUGAUCAAACUGAUGUAUUGACGCUCUCAUAAAGCCUUAUAGUAGUCAGUAGAGCUGAAUGUGUACAGUUUGAAACACUGCAGUCUGGUCAGCGGGGAUGUCUGUUUAGGGAUCUCUAAAACUGGAAAUGAUUGAGUCUCCGACUCCUUAAACUUCUUAUAGGUGAGAUUAUAAAAGAGUGCCUCAGAAUCUGAAAUGUUCGAAAUGCUAUUGAAGUAAAUGGAAUUCAUUUUUUGCUUCUUGGUAGACUUUUCCUGGUUCUGAAAAGAACAAUCUUGAUUUACAUAGCGCUCCAUAAAAAUAUUCUACUUAAAACUAAAAACUAAAAGUUAAAAAUCUAUGACUAUUUUGAACUUUGAAGCACUGAUGAGUGUGCUUUGUUAUGUGAUUACUGGUACAAACUCAGUGUGGAUUUGACCAGACAUAAGACUAAAUGUCCUCCUUUAGUAAGGGCUUAUGACAGCCUUAUGUAGGUGGAAGGCCUGGAAAUGCUAUUGUCUAUUUUUAAACCAGGGAACACUACUUCACAGUUUGCAACAUGUUUAUAUUUAAACGCAAAUGUUUGUGUGUGAGAUCCACAAACACACACAUCCCCACACCCCAGUACUACAGUGUUAAAUCCAAUCCAAGAGUCUCUAAUGAAAGCGUGAUUGGUUUUUCUCGUGCCUUACCUGUGCUUUUGUUUUUGUUUAUGUUUUCUUUGGUUGUUGUUUUACAAGUUUUUCUUACAUGCUUGAUGGAUGGAUAGAUUUCUACUACAUGUGUGUUUUUUGACUUGUGUGUGAAUUGCAACGACUGUAGGCUUGCCUUCUACUAUCUGACCAAUACUGACCGUGUGUGUGUGUGUGUGUUUUCUUGCCGUGUGUGUUUCUGAAAUGAUCUUCUGCCUAAUCUCAUUCCCUCUUUUGUUUUGUUGGGUAAUCCCGUUACCACGCGAGCAGGGGCGGUGACUACUAAAGUUCGAAGGCACGAUAUGCGCGUCCACCCCUACCAAAGGGUUGUGACUGCCGAUCGAGGUUAGUUUAGCUCCAGUCUUCUCCUUGUGUGGUUAUGCCUUUUAAGUGUUGAUGGAAUCUGUGUGUAGGUAUAACUUUUUUGAGUGUUGUGUUUUGUGUGCGUGUGUGUGUGUGUGUGUGUGGUCUUACAUGUGGGUCUCUGGGAUUGGGUUAUCAGGGAACACAGUCAUAUUACAUUUGCAAGUCUUAAUUUUAUAUUGCCUCAUGUCGCAACACAUUGUGUUUGAUGUCGUAUUUAUAAGCUUGACACGUUUCCUUGUAUAAUUUCAAAUCCAUUAUCACACAUUCUGGUGCACUUAAAUUAAUUUCAUACAUUUAUCAAGACGGCAGUGAUUUUUUAUAACAGGCCAGAGGUGCAUUCAAAUUCUGUGAACAGAGGUGAAUUUUUGGGGCAAACCUAUUUUUUUCCUGAAUUUUUGAACUUGAAUGUUUUUUUAUUCCGUGUAAACAUUCCAAAUUGUUCCAUGGUUCUGAAAUCCAUGCUUGUUCGCCAAGAACUUCUUUCUCCGACUGUUUGAACAUUUGCACAUUUCAAUAUUUGCAGCAAUUUCCCAGCGUAGACGUAGAAGUGUUUUGAAAAUGUACAUGAUGAAUAUUUGCCUUUGUUUGCUAAUUUCAGAGCACCUCUGGUUCUAAGCUGGUCUGAUUAGGCCAACCCAGAGACUGGACCAGAUCAGGGUGUGUAGAUCUCAUUAAUUACUCAUUAAUUACCCAUUAGACAGACUUUCUCCCGGGCUUGCAUGGGGUUAGCAACAGUAUAUUGGGGAAUGUUUUUUUCUGGGGUCUUAGGAGGUCUGUGAGAGGCUUUACAUUCCCAUACCAAUCAUCAGACCAAACUUGUACUUCAGCUCUCAAGGAGACGCUGUCAGAAGUCCAGUAUAGGUCAUGGACAGUUGCAGUAAAUAUUGGAACGAAAUAAAAAACACGAAAAGAAAUAACCAAGAAGAGAAGUCCAGAAGCUAAUUCCCCUUUACAUGUUACUGCUCGUCCUCUAAGAUCGACCCAUCAAGGCCAUUCGGAGGGGGGGGUGUAGUUGUUAAUAAAACAAGGCCACAGACUCCUCUGGCAACGAGCGAGUAGUGUGCCUAGCAGGGCAGAUGUGCAGUCGUCUGUGUCUGUAGACGUGGCUCUCGACUGUCUGAUCAGAACUCUGUUAUUUUGAUUAUUUUCCAAUAUCAGUUGCGGCACUCUUACUGUUUUUUUUUCCUUUUACCCCCUUGACUUUUGUCCUCAUGAGACUUGUCUUACUCGAGUCGGUUUGUGUUUUUAGCAAACCGAGCCAUCGUUCCAAAAUUGAAAGAGGGAGAGGGGUAAAAAAUUGAAAAGCACAUUCCUUUUUGAGCUUGGAGUUCUCAAAAAAUAACUCUCAAGCUAGAGUUCCAUGUAGUUUUCGGUUGAAGUGCACUCGGAAUCUUAGCCAGCCUCGUUCUCGUCUUAGGGGCCACGUGACGAUCUGAGUCUCAGGCAAUCUUACUCGAUCAGAUCACGGAAGGACCAGGAAGUAAGGAUAUUGCUAGUUAGCAUCUGCGUGUGUAAUUCUUGAGGAUGUCUGCUAUUCCCUGUCUAUUCCCAAUGUUUGAAUGCCGUUUUACUCUGUGUAGUCAAAAAUAGACAUUUGAGAAUUUGAAGAGACAUGCCUCUGUAAGCUACUAUAGAUACAGGAAGUACACCUUUAAACUUCCUGGCUAAAUCAUGUCUGCCACGUUCACCCCCCAUGUUCAGAUUUUCACCUUUAACAGAAACACACACGUGUAUACACACACACAAACUUUUUCAUUGUAUCUGCAUUGUCUUAAGAUCGUCCUUUUAAACAUUUCUUUUUUAAUUUAUACAUUGUCAUUGCAUUGUAUGAUUUCAUUGGAUUGCGGAUUUUUUUGUGCUCUCAUUGUGAAUUGAGCUUGCAUCAUGAUGUUUGUGUCUGUUUCUCGUUUUCUUGCUUUUCAUUUGCUAAUUUCCCUUUUUUUUUACUCCAGAUUAGUUUGAUUUUCAUUUCCUUUGUGGCAAAGACAGUCCUUAUUCACAGCACUUUUUAUUUCUUUCGACGCGUCAUGUUCAGCCUACUGCAUGCCUAACGUAAACAUGAACUGGGUCUAAGGGAAUCUCGCAGUUCCAGUUUUGAAGAGAGCUCUGUAACAGACCUUAUAAUGACUCACAUUUGGAACACCACCGAUGUGCCAAAACUGUACAUAUAAGAUAAAUGCUCGCUUAUAAGAGAAAGUUAAAUGUGAGAACCUACUGAUGGAUGACAGCAAAGCUUAUGUGAAGUUAGUAUUAUAAGAUCUUAACACAAUCUUAACUAUGUAAUGGAGAAACACAUUUAUAUAAAUAUAUAUAUAAACUGACCCGAUUAAUGAGAAACAACGGUGAAAUUGCACAAUAGUGAAAUCGAUCUGGUUCAACCAACUGCCCUUGACAUUUGUUUGUAUUUCAAUCUUAUUUUCAGUGUUUUGAAUUAUUGUUCCUUAAAAAAAGCACCAAAAUGCGAAUUGGUCUCCUACUUUCCUCCCCUUUACCAGAAAAUCUGUAUUGAGAAAAAUGUGUGGACCGUAUUAUGUCAAAAACAAAAUGAAAAUCAAAACAAAAUGAAAAGCCAAAAUAUAAUAAACUAGGUUUAGGUAGAGGAUAAGUAAAUUCUAACGUCUAAUUUACAUGUAAAAAGCCUUCCAAUCUGAAUUUGCCAUAAAGCAUGGGCAGUUUAUAAACCAGAUCAAUUUCACUUGAAUCAUAAAGGGUAUUAUAUUUUGACGGGGUCUGGCAUCCAUAAGCUUGAUAUCUCCUUUCCCCUGACACAUACUUAUAUAACAUCUCACAUCUGUUGUCAAGUCACUCUACUUCCUGGUUGCUGCUUGGUCCUCCUGACCAAUCAGGUGGUCCCACAGUCCCAGUGACCAUUCUAACGAAAAGUGGUGCUACUGUACUCUUGUCUAUAAGCUCUCGGUUGCCAGGUCCCGUUAAAAGAGAAUUACUUUUUUUUAAAUUAGGUAUCAUUUUACUGGAGCCUUUUGUCUCAGAGGAGACAUACCCAGGUCUUAAACAUGUUAUGGCCAAAGUUCUGUCCAAUAAAUGGUCAUUGUGAUCGUCGGCAUCUAAUGGUUUAAUGGUGUCACAUUGUCAUUAACGAUCGUUGUCAUGACUGCAGUCAGAAUUUAGAUGCCAUAGCAGAUUGUAUAUCAUGCUAAGCUAUGCUUUCAUGAAAAUGGCCACUGUAAUGUGAUCUUUAAUCUAGUAAUCUUUAAAUUAGACCUUUAAAUUACUAGACCUUGACUGUAAGGUCACAACCUUAGAAAUGAUGUGGUAUCUGACAUGACAUGUUUAGGAUGUGAAUAUGUUAGUCUAAUGAUAGAAGGUUCUAGUAAAGUGCUACCAAAAAAUGAUACGGCACAAAUAUGAACUUUGCACUGAGAAGACGACAAAUAGAUCAUUGCCAGCUCUAGUCUGUCUGCAGACAGGGCACACAUGGAAGAGCUAAGUGAAAAAAAAUACACAGAAACUCAGAGACCUCAUAGAAAGAUAAAAUGAGAUGAGAGAACUGCACGUUAAACGUAUAAGAGAGAGAACAGAGUUGACAUUUAAACAGAGAACUAUUCCACAUUUUUAUUUUUUGUUUUUGUUGUUUUUUGUUGUUGUUUUUGUCUUUUUCUAUUUGUUUGUUUGUUUUACUGUAAGCUUCCUUCAUUUCAUGUGGUUGAUGAUGUUGUUGAUGUUAUGUGAUUGCAAAAAAAAAAAUAGAAAAGAAAAUCGUAUAUACCUGUGUGGUUCUUUUUAAAGAAAAAACUUUAUGAAAAUGAUGUGCUUAACUAUAAACAAAAAGCGGUUAUGAUUUACCAGAUGUCUAUUGUAUUUGCAAAUAGCAACAAUAUGCUAGAGGGAUCUUUGUAGGCAAAGAUAGAAAUAUUCAAUCUCAAACAUUCUUGUGUCCUACAAAAUAUUUCCUUUUUAUUAGGGGAGGGAGGGAGGGGGAAUUCCACUUUACAGGGUGUUAUAUGGAAAUGACUCAGUAUUGGUAUGAAGUUUAUUUUCUAUCCUAUAUUUCAGAUUGAUGUCAGUGAGUCUCAGAAGUAGCUUUUUUGUUUCGCUUGUGUGAUAGCAUUUUCCUUUUAGCCGCACCUCUGCAGAAGAAGAAGAAGUAUGUUUUUUUAGCUCUGCCUUGUAUGAUUAGCGUCAUGUUUUCAUACUGUUUGUAAAUAGAUACAAAAAUUGAAAAGCAAUAAAGUUUCCAUGACUUGGAAAAAAACAA